AUGGCCUCUUCUGGCCUAGUAGUGCAAUCCAUGCGGCUUUCCUUUCACGCGCGUUAUGCACGCGCAAUUGUCAUCGGGACCAAGCUCUUCCGAUUCGAUAGAAAUAUGACGACCGCGGACGUUCCCAACUAUGUGUGCGGACCUUCAACUAUGUGUGCGGACCUUCCGGCUGAGUGGCGUAUUCCAGACCGGGAGAACCUCGCACGUUAUAGGGCGCACGUAGCUCUCGCUUAUCCCGCCUAUCUAAGCCACCUCUAUCAGCCAGAUCCCGAUAUGCUGCGCAAAUUUAUGGCCACAGACGUCUUCCAGUCCACGAAUCUUGACGACGCAGUCGGCGAUCUCGCAUUCCGUACUAAAACACAUCGCCCACGGCUCACCCGCUCCGGAUCGCAAGCAAGCAACAGCAAUUCCACCUCAAUCCGAGCCUUGGAGAAAUGUCCAAUGAUCCCGUCUGAGCUUGACAUGACAUUCGCGGAGGAUGCCGAGGGAGACACUGUCGCAGACAUCACCUGGGAAGGCGACAAUGUUGUCCUCAUCCCCAUACUAGUAGGCGAUGAGUGCAUCAAGGGUACUGCUGAACUCUUUGGCGUGGCAUCUAUGAGGAUAUCGCGAUCGAUGGAAUAUACGGUUGGCAUCAGAUUGUCUCACGCUGCAGGAGCAGGAUCUUCGUUGAUCCCGGCAUCUGUGCCUCGCGCAGGACAUGAUUGUGUUGACUUGAGGGCGUUGCCGCAUGAUGAGAUCUUGGAGAUGCUAGCUAUGUUGUUGGCCUUUACGCCUGCUUCCACGGCCCUCAACGAUGCAUCCGAACAACAGUUUGCGGGAAUGGUUGUUAUCAUAAAGUCUCAAGCAUACAGUCACACUCGAAACCAAAGGACAACACAGCAGCAGCCACUGUGGUCGCCACCCUCAGAGGUUCAUAUCUCGCGGCUAUCGCAAACGCCUAUUAAACAGGGCGUUUUGAUCCUCGCCAUCCUCGUUCCUCAGCGCGCUGUGGCACUGUCUUAG